UCUUCUCCGAGUAGGACUGUAAGAUGGAUUUAGACGAUGACGUACCGAGUGAGAGUGAUGUCCGUCCAUUUACUGGGGCGAACAUUCGUCCUGUUACGCGUCAAUCAAGAAAUGACCCGUCGGAGGACGUGCCACCCAUGUCAAGCGGUGACCGUUUGUUGACCGGGAUGAACAGACCAUCCACUGGUAUGAAUCGGCCACCCACGCAACUCUCACGAAUACAGGGUUCGGUCGGAUUUUCGGAAUUAACAGAUGAAAGAGACGAAAUCCGCCCCAUUACUGGUUACGGAGAUCCUGGUGGAUUCGGACGACCGUCGACUGGUGGAAUCGGAUCUCGACCACAAACAAGUGGUCGUAUUUUGACGAGACCGGCUACUCGAGGAAGCAACAUCGCAGCGGACCCUGAUGAAGAUUUUAUGAAUUCUGUCAUAAACGACACUCGCCCAUCAACAAGCAGGGGUCAAUCUGGAAGAUUUCGCAGUGGAAUGAGACGAUCUGAUGAAUUUCAGGGGAACUUAGAGGGCUUGGAGCGUCCCGGAACGGUCGGAAGAGGUCAAAUGGAUCGUCCAACUACCUCUCGUGGAAUGGGCGGAGUUCGACCUGGCACUCGACAGGGAACAUCCGUCGGUCAGCGUCCUGUAACGGGGCAAAAUUCAGCCAGACUCGGAACUGCUACAAGACUCACGACCGCCAUGCUCCAAAGAACUGCUACAGCUUCUGGUCAGAAUUCAGGAAUCGUGACAGCCCAAGUUAACGUUGUUGACCGACCAAUCACCCAGCAAGGACUAGGUGGAUUGAAAACUGCCGGAAAAACCGGAAGAGGUCCAAAUCGUCAAGUUCAAGACAAGAGCUAUUUUAUGGGACUACUGAGAACGAAAACGAAUGAGCUGCAAUCAGAAAUCACGAAGAUGUCCAAGGAAAUCGACGAUUUCUCCAAGGAGCAGUCCACUUAUUUAAUCUACGAUAAACGAGUGAAAGAGCUAGCUGGAGAAUGGAAUGAAUUGCAAGGGGAACUUGCUGACUACAAUCUGCUUGUGGACAAACUGAACAUGGACUCGGAAAUCGAAGAAAUUCAAUCCGAAGUGAACGACUUGAAAGCUCAAAACAACGCCGAAGCUGCAGCUGUGGAUGAAAUUUUCGCGGAAAAGCAGAACAAAGAAAAGAUUAUUCGAGCUCUAGAGGCAGAAAUUGAACAAGAACGAAAUCUGGCGGACAAUUUAAUCGGCUCCAUGGAUCCCCGUGCUCGGGAGCAGUACUCUUCGUUACAAGCUGCGAAUUCAAGUUUUCUUGCCCGUUUUGAUACCUUGCAGCAGGAACUAGAUGCAUUGAACGCUCGAAAGGCGCAAGUAGAAGGGGAACUGUCGAUGUCGCAUGUGAAGCAAGAUGUUGUAAAGCUUUACGAACAAUUGGCUGAAGCAGAAGAGGACUUGCGUCGAGUCACGGCAGAAAAUGACGCCCGCGGAACUCCCGCUCAAGAACGUGAGCGCCUCCUGCGACAGGUGAAGGAUGACAACGCGGAAAUCGCCGCCAUGGAUCGUCAGGCAUCAGCUCUCUCCGAAGAAAUCCGUUCCAUAAAAGACGAGAUUUCCCAACUGGAUGCUGAUAUUGAAGAGUCCCAAAGUGAGCGGAGCCAUAAGUACCGUGAACUCCGCAAACGCGAAGAAACUAUGGAUCAAUUUUUGGAGAACUUCGACACGUCAAAGUUGGAAGAAGCCGCAAAACUAGGAAAGUUGGAAGCCAGUGUUGUGCAAUUGCUAGAACGUUUAGCGCGUGCUAUGGCGAUGGUCGAUCGACUUCCGAACCCGAAGGAUUUCUCAGACAUGAAAGACGAUUUGGCUUUCAAAGAAGGAGAGUUGCGAAAAUCCCGAUCAACUGUCGAAGGGCUCGCUCAGGAAAAAGCUCAGCUCCAGAGCAAUUUAGAAAAGAUUGAGGCGCUGGAAGAAAAGGUCACCACAGAAAUGGCACAGUUGAAGGAAAAGAGACAAGCAAUGAUUGAUGAAAUGGCGGUCUAUUCAAGACCCGAAGUACUGAAACGUGACGCGGAAGACAAAGAAAAUGAGCUAUCCCAGGAACUCGCAGAUUUGGAAAAAGAAUAUAAGGCGUCCAGUCUUGCAGUAAAAGAAUUACAUGCUGAGCAUGAGCGUUUGAAGAAAUCUCUGGAGGAAAAUGAAACUUACGCUCAAUUGCGAAACCUGGAAAGAAAAUGGGGUAAUUUGGAACAGAACAACUAUGCUGUGAGGUCGGCAAUUAGAGUCAAGCAAGCCGAAGCUAACGUUGGAGCUAUUAAAGCUAAGGUAUUUUCUGCCUUGAAGGAGUAUAAUAAGAUCUUGCAAGAGGCCAUGACUCGUGGUGGAAUCUGAACCUCUAAGAUUGCAGUUGCUAUCUGAAAAUUGGGUGUGAUUACCUAGUCGUUUUGAGCGCACUGUGUGAGAUCCUGAGUCUGUUUUUUUUUUUGUCGCUAUUCAAUAGGAAGCCCGAGAUCUCAAAUUACUGCAACUAUUGUGAUUGUGCUGUAUGCACCUCUGUGAACGAAAACGUCCGCAUAAACUAUUCGCACGUG